GCAGAUCGCGAAACAAGAUGUGUUUACGAGUGUCUCCGUGCCCGUGUGUGUCGUUUGGCAUGUGCGCGUGUUGUGUAGGGUGCGUAAUGGAGGUGACCUUCUCGACACCACGAAUCGUGGAUCCCAUCUUCUCGACACCACAAACCAUGAGUCCCGAGAUGCACAUUCGCUUGGCAGAACCGUUUCCUCCUUGCGCGCGAUCCGUGCGGUAUUUUAACGGUGUAACUAUGAUCCACGGAGCGACCGCAGAGGACUUCGACGAGGACCCCUGGAUGACCGUCGUCCCGUGCCUGGAGGGGCAUGUUGACGGCUGGUGCGAUUGGAAUUGGGCCACGAUGGAGAGUCGUUGUCCUUGGGCAAGCCAGUACAAGUUCGCCAACAUGUUGGAGUUCGGGAACCUCAUCCCGGUGUCUGACGCUGUCCUCGGACACAAGUUCUUGAACCACAUGCGCAAAGCACAGGGCUGCAUUAGCCGCCAUUUCAGCCGCCUCGAGUGCCACUACUUUUUCCACAAGCUGGAGGACAAGAACAUCGUUCUCGACGUCCCCUGCGACGUCGGCCCCUCCCUGGAGCUCUCGUUGCCGUUCAGGCCGUGCGGCGGUUGCGAGUCAAGCAGGGCGGCGGCGGAGGGCGAUGAUCUGGGUUCUGGUCUGGCUACUCAGCUGCACCACGGCGAGAGUCGGGGACAGUUCGAUGACAGCGAGGACGAGGGGCCUGCAGCGCCGUUGAGGGACAGGCGGCGGUCGGUGUUGUCUAUUCCAGGGGUCGACAUUGGAGAUCCGGUUCGACGGGACAGCGCGGAACCUACAGGAAAGGUGGCAGCCUCUUCGGAGGUCGACUUGGAGGCGAGCGAGGGCCAAAGUGUGGAUGAGGUGACCGCAGGCGGCCUGGGCACGCAAGGCACUCCGCAAAAGAGGAGGGGGGAUCGCACAGACGAGUUCGUCCGUUCUUCGAAGAAGCUGAAGAGCAAGGCCCCCAGGACUGCGGGAGAGAAACGAAAGGGGACCGAGGGGGAGGAGGGCCAGCAGGUUGCCAAACGGCCGGCUUCGAGACAGAAGCAGCCUGCGUCUGGAACGUCUUCUCCACCGACGGAAAGGCCUCCAAUCGACAUCGACGCCGGGUACUUCCUCGAGUACAAAGACGGCGUUCGGACAAAGAGGGAGUUCGAGGUUAGCCCUGCGCAGGUCGUCGACCUCGGAGAGUGGGAGGACCUGUACAACCAGCGGUCCCUGGAUCCCGUGCUCGUGGAAGGGAUCAAAGAAGCGAUGCGGUUGGCGUUCGAAAACAAAGCGCAGUCUUACGAUUUGCCUACCCUGAAGCUGGCACCGUUGGGGCUUGAUAAACCGACUCCGGGGACCAAGGCAGAACGGGAGAACGUAUGGAAACUGGCCGUCGACUUUUUCAAUAAAUGGGAGACUGGUAGAUUGCUCGGCCACGAUGGCACAAAGUGGAUCAUGCGGAAGAAGAAGGUCAAAAAUGUGAAGCCCGGGGUUGCCUACGUCGAGAACGACAAGACGGGCAGGAAAGAGGUCGUGUACAACGUCCCUGUGGACCCGCCGACAAAGAAAGGCAAAAAGGAGAAAGAGGAGGGCGACUGGUUCAUGCAAGUGCCUGAGCCAGACGCAUAUUGUUGGAAAUCGAUGGAGUCGCUGACCGACAACGAGAAGUGUCGCGUCCAGAAGAAGGUUCUCGCUUGCGAGGUGGUUUGGGUCCAGGCCAGCUCUGCGGCGUUGGCGAAGCUCGGGAAGCUGAGCGUCCAGGACAUGGUUCAUUUGGUGAAGUGCGACCGGGUGCUGGUGCGUCUAUGGAACUACUACCAGUUCAAGCACGAGAAGAGGCCGGACGCGGAUUGGAGCCAGAGGUGCCCGUUCCUGAAAACAAGGUCCGUAAUUUUCAAACAGUUUGAGAGUCGUGGUUUGGAUGCAGAGUUGUGGGACGGGAGCAGGAAAUACGUUGCUGACUCCUCGUUGUUCAAGGACUGCCCGCCUUAUAUGGGUUGCGACGACGACCAAUCCAUCGAGGCGACGGAGAAGUUGGCCGGUCACAAGAAGUUGUCCGUCGAUUGGAGGAAUAAGGUCCUGUCCGUUUUGACUGGCAGUGGACUGAAGAGUCGCGAGAUCGCGCUUGCCGAAGGAAUUGUGCACAUAAAAUGGAAAGACACGGGCGACGUGACAUCCAUCGCGCCAUUCGGCAACGACCCCUUGGAGGCAGACAUAAGGUGUGCGGAGGUGAAGGAGGCGGUGGUUGCCACAAAGAGUCACACGUUCGUCCACAAUCUCCGCGAACCGGUGGACCUGAAGCUGUGGAAACCGCAAGCGUUCGACACUCUGGAUUCCCAGCUUCAGACGUGGUGUCCGUCGCAUUGGAUGCUCGUCGUUUUCGUCCCGCGGCUGCAGAACCUCUCAUUUCUGGCCAGCAUGAACCACCUUUCUUUCGUGAAGAUGCUGGAAGGGAAGUGGGUGAGGAAGAGUCAACAGAAGAAAAGCUUCCCCGUCGGGAAUAAUUUGUACACGGAAGAAGACCGGAUGUACAUACUAUUCAAAGGCGACGAUUUGCGCACUAACACGUCCGUUGUCUACGAGGGGAAACUGCCGCCUGCCGCCGCUGCUGCAGUGAGGCUGCCGCAGAAGGUUACGCAAACGGAUGUGUCCGGCAUCCCGUUCAACCCUUGUGAUUGGUCGCAUGUCUCGCCUACGCGUCGGGGCAGUGUGUACGGGGACAUGGAACGCAACCCCGCGCAAUUCGUUAAUCUUCUCGAGUCCGUCACCAAGAAGGGGGAGGGUAGCGAGGUCAAUUCGGGUGCCCACAUUUGCGAGUUCAUGGUCGUCAACGAGUCUCGCCCUCGCGCGUGGAACAAUAAGACGGACAUGUGGUUCAAGUUGAGUGCGAGGAAGCGGAACAAGAUAUACGACUUCUUGUUCCUGCAAACGCGGCCCAAGAGAAACACUGACGCCGAGUACGUGUGCCGCAAGGAUCACAUGUUCACGCUGCUCGACAACUACCACGACGCCUUCCGCAUGAACGCAAAGACCUUCCUCGAGAGGUUGCAGUCCCUGUACUUCGUGGAGUCGGAGGAGGAGUUGACGUUCGACAGUUACUCCUCCUUGAUCUCCAUGGAAGACGAGGAGACCACCGACAUCGAGCUCGACGCGACCACGAAGAGGAGGGCAGCGACACCGAAAGCCUCGACCUGCAGUACGACCCGCAUCCCGGGCAGCACACAACAGGGUCGUCCUUCGCAGAGAAUGCAAGCUCUAGCCUCCGGCCAUCGCUCACUGCGUCCCGGGUCUGACAUCCCGACCGAUCAUCUAUCUUGGAAGGAUGCCAACAUUCACUUCCUGCGUGAGCCUCAAAGUCGUUCCACGGAGGCGGACUGGGGCCAUGACAUGAUUUGGCAUCUAGGAGUCAUCCAGUCGGCGAUUCAAAAGGGUGAGUGGAUCGUGGCCGUCGCUGUCCCGGACGGAGGAUGGGUGCCCCUCCCUCGCGGGUCGAAGUCUGACUUCCUCGACGUCGCUAGAAUUGCGGUCCUCCAGAAAGUCAGGGCCGAGAAUGACUCUUUCGCACCCGAAGACGUGUCCUUCAUUUCCACAAUCGGGCGAUUGUUCGCCGAGCUUCAGGACAAGUGCUGGUUGGAGCUGACGGAGGACUACUACGACCUCGAUACGAGCCCCUCGAAGGGAAGGGUGGACUGGAAAAUCCCCCCUCCCAGUGGGGCGCAUGUAAGUACAGGGUCCCGGGGACCAGACGGUGGGGAGAACGAGGGCAACGAGGCUGGUGGCGACAAAGGAGUCCCGCCUGGUUCGGAGGGCGGGUCUCAGGGCGACACCACGACAGCGGAAGGCAGCGGCGGGGUGGCGGGGGAGGCCUUCGGGCGUCAGCAGUCUACCGGUCCCGGUCCGGCAAGCUCAGCACAGUCAGCGGAUGUGCCCACUUCAUCCGCCGACUCGGUGAUGGCGGCCUUGGUUGCUCUCCGUGCCGACUCGGUCGAAACGUUCAAGUCCGCCGGGAUCCGAACUUCAAUGCUUGCAGAGCGGACGAAGACGACGGACGCGCAGAGCUUGUCAGGAGCGGGGGUGGCGAGUCGUGAUACCAAAAUGGACAGCGGUGCGGUGAGGGACGAGACUGCGCCGCCUGCGGGGGACCGCCAACCGCUUCGGUCGGAGCGAGAGGGUACGUGUGGAGGGCCUGGCGACAGGGACAUGGCGAAGUUCGCCGGGAUCCGAACUUCUUCAGGCAAGGGGGGCCAACCAGGGAUUGUCGUGCCAGCGGGAGGGGCUGCGUGCGGUGAGCGGGAAGGGCAUUCGUCAGAAUUCGACACGGGUUCGGGCCAAGUGGCUGGAUUGCAUGCACGGGAAGAAGGCAGGGUGAUGGACAAAGAGAAGGAAGGGGAGGAAGGAGACACAGGGGAGGAAUUGGAGGAAGGAGGGAAUGAAGGGGAGGAAGAAGAGGAUGAAGGGGAGGAAGGAGAGGAAGGGGAAGGAACGGAGUUGGAUGGGUUGCUAGGAGGGAAUGACGGGGAAAAAGGUGAACUCGAUACAAGAGACGACGAACGGACGUUCGGCGACGACGAUGACAGAUCUGGAGAGUCGUCUGACGGAUUCGGGCAACUGUACAGAGAACAUCGCGAGGAAGACGACGACGACGAUGACACGGCACUGGGUAUGGAGACACAGGUGGUCACAAGCCUUUCGGCAGAACGUGAUGACUAUGAGGUCGAAGCAAUGUCGUCUGUCCUCGAUCUCCAACAACGGUUCAACGACGCUAGUGUUGCGGUCAGCCUGAAUAAACCGAGUGUGCGUAUUGACAUCGAAGAAGUUAUCGACGGCAUCCUGGGCGACCACCACAUGUCCGCGCAGCAGUCAUCUACGCCUGGUGUCGACGACCCUCUCGACGUCAAACCUUCCGGGGGAUCUGUCGUGGCUUUGUCGCCAACGAACGCUCCGAUGCUGCCGCCGACCAUCGCCAGCGGAGGAGAAGGCGAAAUCGGGGGACGACAAGACGUCACAUCCCCGAAAAAAACUGCCGCCGGCACUCGAGCUCUUGACGUGCUGGCCUUGCCCGCGCCAACUUCGCCGAUUAAGGAGCGGAGAGACAAACCAGCUGGUAAGCAGUGACAAACGCCACUCUGUCUGUGCGCCAGUGACCGCAGUGUCUGUCGAUGCGGGGAGUUCCUGAUGCCGGCAUGC